CUCUCGACGACUCUCGACUCGCCCACCUCACAUACCAACAUGCUGAACGACGCCGCGUCCCUUCACACCGUCAACUCGUCGACCGCGCUCGUCGGCGGCUCUUCCUCGCCCAAGACGUCGACCUUCAUGGCCAAGCUGUUCAAGCGCUCGAGUUCGCGCCGCUCGACCUCGCCGCCGACGCCUCCUCCUUCGUCCGAGGCCAUCUUUCGCGAGGUGACGGCGCUCAACGCUCGUCACGGUCACCCUUCUGCUCACUCGGUCAAGUCGUCGCCCCGCACGAACCGCUCCUCGUCGCCGACUCAGCCCGCUCGUCCGAGCCCGCCAUCGGCCCAGGACGUCUUUGCCGAGAUCAUGAGCCUGAACGCAAAGCAUGGCCACCCGAGCGUGCAGGCUUUCUCGGUGCGCUGA